GAAGAAAAUAAUAAAGAAAAGAAAUAAAUUAAUAAGAGAGAAUAAGUAUUAUUACAAUAAAAAAUAAACUUUUUUCAUGAUGGAUAUGAGCAGCGAGUCUAGUGCAGCAAGAUGGUACGAACCACCCCGAACGUCCCUGGAGCCGCCCUCGGCGGCAGCCGCUGGGGUGGCCGGAGUCGUUGGCAAUCCCACCGACUACAGGGGUUACUACCCCCAUGCCGGACCAACCCCCCACCACCCUGCCGCCGCGGCGGCGCACUACGCCCACACGAGAAUGUCGAGCAGCGGGGUGACGAGCGGUCCAGUAAGUCAAGUUUGUCGGCCGCAUUUUCACAGCACGGUAUUACAUCCGUGGUUAUCCGGUAGCGGGGCGGAUACAUCUAAAACGCCAUGGGGUUUUCCAACGACAACGGCAUCAACCGGUGGUACAGUAAACGACGACAAACCACAGAGUCCAUUGGGUUCAUCUUUACCACCGACAACGGGUAGUUUAUCGAGUCACGGUGCAGGCGCCGGUACACACCAUUUGUUUUCUUUUCCUCCAACGCCGCCUAAGGAUGCAACGCCGGAUAGUAUAACGGCUAGUACGACAUCUAGUUCUAAUAAUAACAAUGGGACGAACAACAACAACAACAGCGGUAGCGGUAGCAACAAUAAUAACAACGGUAGCGGGGCGAACUCUUUGGGAGGAUUGGGUGGUGGCGGUAGCAGCGAGUAUCAAGCAGCCGUGGCCCAUGCAGCGGUUAUGGGGGCGUUUAUGCAUCAUCAGGAUGCAUUGGGAGCAGGCGGGGCGGGUAGUUGCGACGUUAAACCAACGGUUAUGUUGGGUCAUCAUCAUGGAGCACCAUCGCCGCCUCAUCAACAGCAGCACGGUGGGAACGCGGGCAACAACGGUGGUAGCAGUAACAACACGGCGGCCAGUUCGGGACAGGUGAAACAACGCGAAGGUAAUAACCAAUCGGGAAGCGGUCAACAACAAGCGAAUGGCUCUCAACAGCAACAACAACAGCAACAGCAGCAACAGCAACAACAGCAGCAACAGGACGCGUAUCAGAAUAACAACGGGGCCAGUUCCCCCUGCGGAAGGGACAGCUAUGCCGCCGCCGCUGCUGCGGCCGCUGCGGCUGCUGCGGUCGCCGCAGCCGCCGUCUCCAACAGUCACCACGUGGCAGCAGCAGCAGCAUCGGCCUCGGCGGCACAAUAUGACCCGGCGACGAGUGCCUACAACAUGUAUCAACAUUUGCAGUACCCCAACGCUGCCCACCACCAUCACCAUCAUCAUCAUCAUCAUUUGAAUGGUGGUGGGGGUGCUGGGGGAGGCGGCGGCUCCGGCGGCGGCACGGCAACGUCAUCCUCCUCGUCGUCCUCCGCGUCGUCCCACAAUCCGCAUAACAACAACAAUAACAACAACAACAACAGCAACAACAAUGGGAACUCCGGGACGACGGUCGGCGCUCUUUUUGCCGCGGCGGCGCAUCACGGCACCGGAAAUGCCAAUUCGGGUGUCCCCGGUGUCGUGAGCCCUGCCGAUUCGAAGUUACUUUCGGCUCAUACGAGUAACGCGCAUCCCAACAAUCCGGGCUCGCCCGGCGCGCAUCAACACCAUCAACAACAAAAGCCCAGGAACAAGUCGAGAACGUCCGCCGAGGGUCGUGAGUGCGUUAAUUGCGGUGCAACUUCGACACCUUUGUGGAGACGAGACGGUACUGGACAUUACCUCUGCAAUGCUUGUGGUCUUUACUACAAAAUGAACGGACAGAAUCGACCACUAAUCAAACCUAAACGCCGCCUUUCGCUGCAGAGUGCGGCGAGACGGGCGGGCACCAGCUGCGCGAACUGCAAAACCGGAACGACGACACUUUGGCGAAGGAAUCAAGCCGGUGAACCAGUAUGCAACGCUUGUGGUCUCUACUACAAACUACAUAAUGUUAAUCGGCCAUUGACGAUGAAGAAGGAAGGAAUCCAAACGAGGAAUCGAAAACUUUCGUCAAAGAGUAAGAAGAAGAAGGCAGGUGGUUGUCUAGGUUUGGGUGGUGUCAUGGGUGACAUGAUUAAAGCUAGUGGACACCUUGAUCUCGACAACAAACCUUUCCAUUCAGGAUUUGGAUCACCUAUGGAUGGACGAUGGUUGGAUGUUGCAGGUACGUCGCAGCAUCACCAUACGAUGCAUCCUGCAAUGCAACAUUACAUGUAUCACACGGGCGUCGGCGUGGCCGGAGGUCUUCAUCAAGGAUUUGCACCACCGGCGCCGCCCCCCAUACACCCCCACUCGCAUUCGCAUUCCCAUUCUCAUCACAUGACGAGUCUUCAGGGUCUUCAGUUGGCAGCUACGACGAACGCGAUGACGGGCUGGCGAUCGGAGUACACAUGAAUCGCGAGUGAUGAUUAGCAGUUCAGAAUGGAACCCACAACACUCGUUGAAAUAUAAAAAUUGCUUCCUUUCUUCCUUCCCCUUUCAAAUUCAUCCUAAUUCCAAAUUCUAAAUUCCAAAUUCCUAAUAUCAUUCGUUUUGUUAUUCCUAUUCCUUGGCAUAACAACAACAACACACACGCAACUCAACUUCGUUGCUGCAUCUUCCUCUUUAACCUCGGACCUUUCAAUUCUUUUUGUUUUUUUUUUAUUGGUUUUUUAUUUUCACUUUUCUUUUUUUUUUAAAUUAUUUUCUUUUUUUUUUAAUUAAAUUGUUUCUCAAUCUUUCGUCCGAUCGUGAAAAGUGUAAAUGGGGACGGUAAGAGAUAAAAAGAAAAAAAAACGAAAAAAAAAGAAAAGAAGGGACGAGAAAAAAUUGUUCUUGAUUUAUCUUUUCUUCGAGGUAGGGUUAAGGGUGUGUUGCGGUAAGGGAAAAGGGAAGAAAGAAUGGGAGAAAGGAAAUAAAAGUAAUGAGUUAUAUAUAUAUAUAUAAAAA